UUUUCAAGGUUAUUCUUUUAAAUUUUCCUCCGGAGCAACUUCAAUUUUCAAAAAUGGAAACCCUAGACCCACAGUCUCCGUAUUCUUCAUCGCAAUCGAGUUCAAAUUCCAACUUGAAGAUAGAAAACCUUAGCUCUAGCUCUAUUUUGUCGCCGCAGCCACCGCCUUCAUCGUUGUUGAGGCUAUGGAGACCAGCCGCUCAGCGAAACUUGAGGAACCAGUGGUCCAAAAUGGCAUCGUAUCGGCAACAAUGGCUCUCUGCUUCUUCUAAUGGCAGGUCGCACGCCACUUCUCUCGUCAACUCUUAUUUAUCUGAAAGGUACAUGGCUUCAAUGGAAUUAGGUGUUUUGAGUGAUAUGCCAGAUAUUCGAAAGAAGGCUUCUUGUAAAUUGUUUAAGCAGCAGGAGCACUAUCGGAGGAAACUUUUAUCAUCUUACAAGGACAUGGUGACAGUUGUAAAUUACAUGGUCAGCUCUAGCAGAUCCAUGAGAAGUUUUCUCAAAGGUCCUAGUAGUAGUCCGCUUGUGCAAUUUUGUAGUUAUUCUGAGGAUACAAAUGACACUGGUGAUGGUGGUGGAAUACCAGUCUUUGCAUUUUCUUCGAUUGCUGUUUAUGAGAAAUUAGCUGAGGAACUUGUACAGAUGUUCAGAUUAGAACUGAAUUUGAAGCGUUUGCUUGUGGUAGAGUUACUCUCUAUUGGUUUUGAAACUACCCAAGUCAAUGAACUUUGCUGGUCAGAUGAGGUUUAUCCAGGGGAAUUUGACGAUUUGAGCUUGUGCGAUUUGUAUUCAAGGGAAACUUGUGAGCCAGUUAGCCCAAGAUUGAAGGACUGGAACUCUGACAAGACUGCUGUACAAUGUAACCGUCAGCCAAGCCAGGAGAUAUUGCAGGUCGCUUUAACAACUUGGCUUGCUGAGGUGAACAUAGAUACUCAGAGGGUAAAUGAAAUAUUCACAGCAGUUGGAGAGGAAAUGCAUGUGAACUUUCUUUGAGCAUCUUUCCAUUUCAAUGAAUCAUCAAAUCCUUCUAAACAUUUCAUGAGCCUCUUUCCAAUUAAUGAUGCAUCAAAUCCUUGAGAGAGAGAGAUAUCCGGAGACCAUCAAAUCAAAGACCUGUGAUUUCCAUUGGGAAGGGUAUGUUUACACCAAUCAUCCAGCUGAGUAAAUGAAUCUCUAUUUUUUACAGAAGCUACUCCAUCCCAACAAGGACUAUUCAACAUUCGCUUGCGAUGUCACCAGGCGAUCAGUGUAAGCUGUAACAGGUAAGUAUUUGGAUAUUCAAACAUGGUGGUAAUUGCAUCGAUUGGGGAAUGUCUGCGAGCAAGUUCCGUUUACAGCCUUUGUUUAUUUAGUGGCAUAAUGUAAAAUUUUAGAGCUCGUGUAUAAUUUGCUUAAGUUGAACCCGUGACAGUACCAGUAAAUGUUCCGUUUCCUUUUCAUUCUUGUAAUAGGCAUGCAUUAAAAUUGUUAUAUUUAAU